GCUGCAUGUUUCAUCUUGCCUCAUGCGUGACGACAACCCGGAAAAAGGAAGCCCAAAAUACAUUUGGGCGAUCUUUCUUCAAGCUAGCUAGUGUGUCGCUACAUCCUGAAUGCAUAGCAAAAACAAAUACUUAAGUUAGUAUUACAACAGCGCUGCUGGUGAUUCUGCAGCCGUCGUGCAAAUCGUCUUGCCUGUGGGAAAAUGUCGUCUGGCAGGGAAGGAACCUGGACAUUUGCUGUAGCCGCAAUAGUGACUUUAUUUCUGCUGGAUGUUGUUGGUUUUGCACAGGCGAAGAACUUUGAGGAUGUUCGUUGCAAGUGCAUCUGCCCACCAUACAGAAACAUCACUGGCCACAUAUAUAACAGAAACGUCUCCCAGAAGGAUUGUAACUGCCUCCAUGUAGUGGAGCCCAUGCCAGUGCCUGGCCAUGAUGUGGAAGCUUACUGCCUGUUGUGUGAAUGCAAGUAUGAGGAACGAAGUAGCAACACCAUCAAGGUAACCAUCAUCAUUUACCUGUCUGUUGUGGGUGCACUGCUGCUCUACAUGCUGUUCCUGCUCCUGGUAGAUCCUCUUAUUCGCAAACAUGACCCCUAUACCCAGCCACUGCACAACGAGGAGGACUCUGAGGAGAUGCGUCCGCAGGUGGACAAUGCCCAGGCCAGAGGAAACACAGUGCUGGAGCGGGUUGAGGGAGCACAGCAGCGCUGGAAAAAGCAGGUCCAGGAACAGCGCAAGACUGUUUUUGACCGCCACAAGAUGCUUAGUUAAACCCUACAGCUGACCUUAAACCAGGUUUAGAGUAGAUAACUUCCCUGGGCUCAGCACUAUUACACUGUCACCAGCUCCACUAUUACUAACCUGUUUGUCAUUGCUGUGCACUGCACCCUCUGAAUAAGUAUUUCCUUACUAAGAAACAUUUAAACACACUGGUCUAAGAAGCAUAUAUUUUUUAUUUAUUAUAUGUAACACUUUAGGCUAAGUUGCAGUUGUGAAAAAACUGCAUGUUUUCACACUCUUAACAGCUAGAAAUCAUCUCAAUCAUUUUAGCAAUUUGCAAUGCAACAGCUUUUGAAUGUCUUGAUAAAGUAAGAACCUUUUUCGUCUAUUUAGCCAGACUGAAUAGCUUUUAAGCUUCUUCAUGAAAAGUUUUCUUGCUGGCUACUUGCUUAUUUGGUAUGAAAUCAAGCUGUUUUUCUUGUAGCAUAAUUUAUCAAGUUACCUCAGAACAGGUAAGCUUUAUGUAUGUGAAUGGUCAAUUUAGCUAUUUUGGUAGAAAGAGUACCCUACCUGUGCUACUGCCAAGCAUUGCACAUGUCCUAGUUUAGCACUAAUAAUAAUUUAUUUAUAAUAAUAAUAAUUAUUAUUAUUAUCAUUUAUUUGUCCCCCAUUGCUGUGCAUAGUAACCUGGGCAUGUUUAGCAUCUUCAAUUUAGGGCUUUGUAAUUUUAAAGCUUUGAAAUUGCUACCUUUUAAGAUAGCCCCAAUAUGUGCCUUUUUCUGUUUCUCUCCUUGUGUGGGUGAAUGUGUGACAGCAAACCCCGGUGCAAAACUUGGCUCUUAAAUGUUAGCAGUUCACAGCUUUUAAAACAUGACAGAUGGUAAAGUCUACCAAUAAAUUUUGGCAGGUAUAUCGUCCUCCAAGUAGUAUAAAUUAAAUAUUUUAUCUUGAAUUUACCAGGGAACCUGAUUGGUAAACAUUUCAAUGAGGGAGGCACAAGGCCACAUUUUUUUCCUGUAUUUUGCUGUCAGGUUUGAUGGAACAUACUUUCCCACGCAAAGAGAGAAAUGGAGAACGGGGCAUUUAACAGAGCUUCAAAGCCACCCUCAGUUGAAUCAAAUCUCUGCCACUGGAGAAUGUCCUAAAUCAGUAAAGCUGCUGAUAAUGCGGUUAUGUGUGGCAGAAUCAGGAUGCCUCAUGGCUUUGAAGGGUCCUCGUGUGCAUCAUUGUGUGUCCGUGAAUUCCCCCUCGCACUACUGAAGCUCCCUGUUGGGGAAUUUUUUAUGCGACAAGGAAAGGCACACUGACUCACAUUACCUCAUGCACAAUGUGAACUACUGUUUAUUUGUCUGUAAUGGUUUGUUUUAUCACUGAAGUGAUUUUGAUUGAUUGAUUUAAGUAGAAUUUCAUAUCACUGGUAUCAGUGUUUUGUAUUUAUAUUUAUCUCUAGCCUAACUGGAAUAUUACACUGCUCAUGUCUGUACAUUCGGCUUUAUGUGAAAUUUAAAAAAAUAAAAAUACUCUGGUUGCGUGUAA